UAAAAGUCCAAAGUCCUGUAAAGUCAAAAAUCUUCCUUUCUACAUUUGCGCCAACCUCAAAUAACAUUUUCUCGUUACCGCUUUCCUUCAUCUCCGGGCGAGAAAAUCGUUCGGAAUCGAGCCAUUCUUUUCCCUCCAUCCAAACUGUCAAGCUGGCACUUUAAUCGUUAGCCAACCACAGUAUCUGAACUUUCUCUUCGCUGUUUUGUUUAUUUCUUUCAAAUUUCAAUUUUUUUGUCUAUUUCUGUAAAACUAUAGCGUCAUGUUUUCUGAUUGUUUCUAUGGGAAGAAUACACUCAGGUGUUUCUAAACCUCAAAGGUCCAAAAGUUUCUCUCGUUCUUGGAAUCUGAUAGUUUCGUUCUUGUUUCUCUUUUGACGUUUUCUUUGUCUUGGUGACGAUUUGUUUUGCUUACCUUAGAGUAGAAACCAUUCUUUGUGCGGAGUAGCUUCUUCGAGGUUCUUGUAAUAAAGGGUUGUGGUUUUCGAUGUCUUUUGAGAGUGAGAUUUUGGGAAGUCGUUUGCUUUUAAGGUUAAAAAAUGGCUGAAGGGUCAGAACUUCGGUUAGUUCGUUGCCCAAAGUGUGACAAUCUCCUACAAGUGCGGUGGUUGUGGUGCUCUUCUCCGAGCAAAGAGGAAAGGCAAAGUGGCUAUAAAUGAUGGGCAAUUAGAGAAGCUUGAAAAAGAGACUUCGCCAAAGAAAGAAGAGGGUAGUGAUUUAGGUGUUGCAUCCGAGGCUGAGAUGGAGAGUGACGGGGUCUUUCUUGAUAGGAUAAAAGAGUGAGUCUUUAGAGGAAGAACUGCCAAUUUGAUCGGUAGUUCUUUAUUCGGGAUAGAAACCAAAGAAACUUCAAUUGAUAGUAGCUUUGGAACUGCGAAGGAACAAAUUGUGGGUUAUGAAGGUGGUGCAGAGAAGGAAAUUGGUUCUGGGGAUAAAUAUAGGCUCCGGCUACCAUUGAAGCACCCAAUUGGGAAUUGGGUUGGCUGGGAUGAUAAUGAAAUGAACAUGAAUAGAUCUGAGUGUGUUAAUUCAAGUAGAGAAAAAGAUGUUGCCGAGAUUUCAGCCCAAUUUAAGAGUUCUGCAGGGUCUUUGAGGUCAAGGGCAAUUGUGGGCAAUUGGGGUUUGGAUAGAGAUGGCCGAGAGGGAACUUAUGCAAACCUCAGAAUGGCUGAUGAUCAAAACAGAUUUUUGACUUCUGCUUGUCCUGUUGAGGGACCUUCAAAUUAUUGCUUGAGUCCUUCCUCUUAUGAAUCUGGUAAACUGGUGAAGAAUUUUGAUGACCUGGAUGGGUCUAACAGAUUUGUACGUUUAGAGCAGAAUCGGGUUGAGUUGCUUAGGAAGCUGGAUGAUUUAAAGGAACAAAUCUGCAGAAGUGGUUCUGCAGCAGAGAAAGAAAGGGAAGGGGACUUUGGUGCUUACUGCGAUUGUGUUACUUACAAUGUUCUAAUGAAACCUUUAGCUCCAGAUAAGCAAUUCCGUAGAAACCCCUAUUGUCGUGAUAUAGAUAUGCACAACUUUUGUUUUCCUCCAAAUCAUGUUGCAAAUGAAUUCCCAAUCUAUGAGGAUCCCAUUCAACUACAAUUACCCAGGGUAAAUUCCCAUCAACCACUUGGUCAAUACUGGCAGCAACCUCCUGGUGACUACUUGCCAGGGACAUACAAAGACUUCAACCAAGAACAGCAGCUCGUAUCUUAUCCUUGUGGAACGUUGUAUCAAGAUCCUGCUUGUGCAUGUUUUCACUGUUACUACAAUAAUUGGCAUGUUCCUUCACGAGUCCCAACCACUGUUUUUGGCAAUAAAAAGUUUAUGAAGGACCCAGCUGAUUCCCACUUCAACUGCCACGUUAAUCCUAUUACAUUUGGGUCAAAGAAACGCAAUCCUCAAGCCAAUCCUCGCACAUUUCAUGCACAAGAUCCACAGUCACAUGGUAGUUGGCCAAGUGACAUCAAUUCAGAUGUGAAUGUCUUUCAUCAGAGUCGUCCAAGGAGGUUGGUGGUAGCCCAGGGUAAUGUGCGUCUUUGCCAUCCUAUUGCUGGUGGUGCCCCAUUUAUAACGUGCUACAGUUGCUUUAACUUACUGAAACUGCCAAGAAAACUUAAAGUGAGGGAGAAGAAUCUGCAGAAACUGCGAUGUGGUGCCUGCUUAACAGUAUUCUUGUUUGAAAUUAAAAACAAGCAGCUAAUUAUUUCUAUUCCCACUGAAAACAAGCAAAUAUUGACCGGAGCAACUGAUGGCUCUUCUGAGGUCUCAAAAGAAGUCCUCUCAAGUCCUAAUGGUGGUUUUAAUGCCGAAGGAAUGGAUUGCUCAGCAAGUGUUGAAAAUCCUGCUCAUGACUUCCAGUCAUCAGAUUUCAAAAGAAAUAUUAGAUCAGAAGUCCAGAGGCUAAACUUAACUGAAUUUGAGAAAGGGCAGCACCUUACUUCUCUAGCUUCUGUUUCUUCAGAGGAUGAGGAGCCCCAGGAUAGUAUGAUUGUUCAGAGAGAUGUUUCCUACUUUCCUGAGCAUCCCACAAAAGAAAAUGCAUCUCCAAAUUUUCCAGCUUUACCUUUGUCAGAGCAUUUGGAUGAUGUUUUAUCUAAUAAGGAAGAGAACAUAUAUGGGGAAGGAAACAAGAGUAAUAGAACAGACCAAAAGAAGGCUAAACUUGAUAAGAGUACUCCUCAGCAGAACUCUGUGAAAGAUGCAUCAGAAACUGAAGUGGAAGUUUCUUUUAAUGAAUACACGAAUACUAGUUUAUCUCAAUACUCUGAGGAGAUAAGAGAAGAAAAAGAUCAGUCCACGCCCUCUAGAAUCAACAAGGUAAGCGAAUCAGUCCCGCUGGGUCUUCUUAAGAAGCAAUCUAGAUCUAAUCACCAAAUGGAGGGUGAAAAAUAUAAUAUUUCUGUUAAUGGGCAACCUAUUCCAGAAAGUAUGGUGAAAAAGGCUGAAAAGCUAGCUGGGCCGAUUCAUCCUGGAGAUUACUGGUAUGAUUUUCAAGCAGGAUUUUGGGGCGUAAUGGGACAACCUUGCGUUGGCAUAAUCCCUCCUUUUAUUAAAGAGUUUGAUUAUCCCAUGCCAGAAAAUUGUGCUGCUGGAAACACCAGUGUCUUUGUCAAUGGGAGAGAGCUUCAUCAGAAAGAUUUAGAUCUACUUGCCAGUAGAGGACUACCAACCACAAAGGAUAAGUUCUAUACUGUUUCAAUUUCAGGAGAAGUUCUUGACCAGGAAUCCGGCAUGGAGCUAAAAAGCCUUGGUAAACUUGCCCCUACAGUCCAGAAGCAGAAACGAGGAUUUGGGAUGAAGGUUCCAAGAAGAAAGCUUACGUGAUGAGUAACUUUCUGGGUUUAAUAAUUAUGUUCAGCUGUAAAUAUUGAGGCAAUCACUGCUUGUAUUAUUUGCUUCUGUAAAUAUUGAGACAAUCACAGCAUAUGCUAUGUCAAAUUCUUGAUAUGUAUGCUUACUUGUACUGAUAUGAUAAUUUUUGACCUCAAAUACAGAUUAGUUUGUGCAGUUUAGUUA